AUGCCUGCCCUUGCGAGAGACGUCCUGUUCGGCCCUACCUCCAGCCCUGCUAAGCAGCCCGACAACUUCCAUGUCCUCGUGCAGAAGCUCAGUAAAGUUCUGGGCCCCAGCUCCGGUAUCGAUUCCAAAGACGUCGACCCCCAGGAGCUCCAGGCGCUGAUGGAUGAAUACGUGUCCAAUCCGUCAGAGUGGAAAGAUUACGCCCUUGACGAUUUGUCCAGGCCGUACACUAGAAAUCUUGUAGACCGAGGAAACGGGAAGAGCAAUCUGCUCAUUUUAGUCUGGACACCAGGCAAAGGAAGCCCCAUUCACGACCAUGCAAACGCCCACUGCAUCAUGAAGGUCCUAAAAGGGCAGCUCCAAGAAACCCUCUUCGACUGGCCGGACAAGCUCGCCCUCAAUAACGGCCAACCCUCGCCCCUAAACGUCAAAAGAGACACGAUAUACCAAGAGAACGAAGUUACAUAUAUGUCGGACACACUCGGCCUACACAAGGUCCAAAAUCCGGACCCAAAUGAGAUUGCAGUCUCACUACAUCUGUAUACCCCUCCCAAUGCCGCCGUAUACGGAUGCCACACCUUCGACCCCAGCACCGGUUCAGCCGUCCACGUCAAACAAUGCAAUUUCUUUUCCGAUCGAGGCCAGAGGAUCUGA